GGUUUUUCUAUCCCUCUCGGUUUCUCUCUAUAUAUAGAGAAAGCCAGAGUGUGCUGUGGGGUAAGUCCAAUAUUACUUGUUAAAUUUCUAGCUUCCUUGAGUUGAGAGUAAACAACUUUUGAAUCAUCUUCAUCUUCAUAAUGGGGAAAGGAAGAUCACCCUGUUGUGAUAAGAGUCAAGUUAAGAGAGGACCAUGGAGCCCUGCUGAGGACUUGAGACUCAUCACUUUUAUUCAGGAACAUGGCCAUGAUAACUGGAGGGCUCUCCCUAAACAAGCUGGAUUGUUACGUUGCGGUAAAAGUUGCCGUCUGCGAUGGAUUAAUUACCUGAGGCCUGAUGUGAAAAGAGGAAAUUUCUCUGCAGAGGAAGAGGAGACAAUAAUGAAGUUACAUCAGACUCUGGGGAAUAAGUGGUCGAAAAUUGCAUCUCAUUUGCCAGGAAGAACAGAUAAUGAGAUUAAAAAUGUGUGGAACACGCAUUUGAAGAAAAAAUCGGCGUCAAAAGAUGCUAGUACGGACCGGGAAUCAAAGGAAUUAUCAUCCUUGAGUUCAUGUUCCUCCUAUUCAUUUAGCACACUUAAGUGGCCUGAAGGCAAAAGAAGUGCAGAUAGUGAUCUUGAUAAGAAUCAAUGGGAUGAAGGGCGCGAGGUGAAGAGACCUCGCAAAGCAGGCUAUAACAUGACAGCACUGGAGAAAGCACAGCAAAAUUUAGAAACAGAAGAAUUAACACAAAACAACUCCACCAAGGAGAAGCAAAAAGAAGUGUCAACUUCUUCUUGCUCUUCCCUUAACUCCAGUUUCUCAAAUUCUAGCCAAGUUGAUGCUGCAAGGCCUAAUGACAAUGACAUGACUGAUUCAUUACUGUUCGAGUUCAGUGAACCGUAUGAGUAUAAUAUAAACACAUUAGAAGAGGUGAAUAAACCAGACAUUUCAGAAAAUCUGCUUGAAAUUCCAUUGGAGUCAGAUUUAGAUUUUUGGAACAUGUUAUAUAGCUUAGAGUCAUUCCAAUCUAAUGAAGAACCUCAAUUAGGAGAUCAAGUGGAGGCAAGGCAAACCUCAAGCCCCCAGGAUGCACAUAACAUCGAUGAAGUCGAUCACAGGGAGUGGCUUCGUUACUUAGAAUCCGAGCUGGGUUUGGAAAUUACAGAGGAUCAAAACCAAGAAAAUGCAGCAAAGAAUGAAGCUGCAGUUCAGCCUCUAAUCCCGGAAACUUAUGAGAUACUGCUGAAACCAGAAGUUGACCCUGCCAUAAGUUACUUUCAACGAUGGCUUUCCUCACCACACAGUUCACUUAUCUGAAUAACUAUUAUACAGUGUUACAAGUCAGUAAAAGUUCUUAGAUUAGAUCAGCUUGUCAAAAUUGACUGCCUCCAUAUGCGCAUUAGAAAGUGCUUUUUUCUUUCUUCUUUUCUAACAUAUUAGGCCUUCAUCUUACAUGUAUUUUAAAAUACGGUGUAAUUCAUAGGCGUCAAGCAAACUGUUCAACAUUCAAACUGCUUAAAAUUCAAAGAUUUCUGAGUGGGUUGGUGAGGCUUUUUCUCUUGAUGUAUGAUACUUUUGGGUCUCUUCACCUUGAAAAUGUGAGAGUUAGGGUUGAAUAUGAAAUGGGAAUUUAUUAUAUAGAUGAAUUUUAUAAGA